UAUAGAGAAUAUGUCUGAAGGAUCAUUAAGUCCAUUAAGAUUAAAUUUGGAGCCAGAUUAUUGCGAUAUUAUUAGAUUUAGCCCUGAUAACAAAGCAUUUAUUUCGCAUUUAGCUGAGUCUAACAUCCUCAGGGUAUUCGCGAUUUCCAAAAAGCAAUCGCCGAAAUCUUACAAGCAUUUUGAUUUGCCUAAGCUAUAUUCAAAAAAAAUGAUCGGAUUUGAAGUAGCUAAUUGUGGCGUCUAUAUUUUAUCGUAUUAUCGGGAUUGCACCAUAAUAAUAACCAAUGUUAAAGGUUUGGAGUUAUAUCGACUCAAUACGGAACAACUCUCAUUGAAUGAAUGUAUUUUGUCGCCCUGCUCAAGACUAUUUGCUACUCGUGGCGCAACUAAAGGGAUAAAGUUGUGGAAGCUGAUAAAUUAUUCCAUGGAUCAAAUUGACAAAAUCGAAAAUUUCGCUGAUUUGUCCCGCGACCAAAUGGUCAAAUCUUUCGCUUUCAGUUUCGAUUCUUCAAAAAUCGCUUUCGUAAAUGGCGGGAAUUCAUGGAAGAUUUGUGAAUUGUUAGAUAUCACAACAGGCAAGAUUAAGUCUGAACCGAAUGUUAUUAUAGAUAGUUUUUUAACUCUCAAAGGCUUAGACACCGACUCGCACACUAAUAAACCUAAAUCAAGAGAUAAAAAAAUAAUUAAAAGUAACCCCAAAUAUGUUAGUCAAGCGAAAGGUAAAAGACAAUUAGAAUCGGAAAACGAGGAAGAGAAUGAGGAGAUCACUAAUGGUAAAACAGUGUUGGUAGCUUUAGCCGAAGAAUGCAAUUGUUUGGCUCUUUUAUCCCACGAGGAAAAUGGCGGAAAGAAUUUGAGCCUAUACAAUAUAUUGAACGUUAUGGUUAUAGACACCAUUUUCGAAGGAGUUAAGGAAGAUGGCUUAUUCAAAAUGUGCUUUUACGAUAACGACAAAUACCUCUUGAUAGGUCACAAAAGCGACAAGCGAAUAUACGUUUUUCACAAUGUUUCGUCUUAUAAACUUAAGAUAGACAAAUUAUCUUUCAAAAAAAAAUCUAACCCAAAUGACAUUACCGGCAAUAAAAAGCUAGAGGAAGAAAUAUCGAAGAUGGAGUCAUUAAUUAAACGAUUAUCGUCGGGGAAAUAAACAAAAUCUAUUGAUUGAUCUUUGGAAUUUAUAUUUUAAACGAAAGAA